CUUUGCCAGUUUGUGGAUGGUGUGUUCCAGUGUAUCUAAUUGAAGAAUCACGCGUCUCAGCAUUUUUCUCACAAGUGCGGGUACUGUAACAUAAGAGUGCGGCAGCGCGUGUAUCUCGCGCUUUGAGCGGGGUGGUGUGUGUAACUGAAUAAACGGUGCGAGCGUGUCGAUGGCUGCCGAUGCGUCGCAAAGGAAAGCUCUGAGAUACCAGCAAACCCUGCUGUAUGGGGAAUAUCGGGAGCAGCUGGGUAAUAUCGCCAGACGGGAGGCCACGCGUCUGUUGACUGAAAAGCAAUGGAAGAGGCAUGCCGGCAAUUCCAAGGCAACCAGGAGAGGCCACGGCCGAGCAUAUCAUGCAAGUCUGGAUGCGGGGCCCAUGACACCAGGUUUAAGCCCCUCCUCCUCUGUGAAGAAGCCGCGCCCCUAUUCCAAAUGCCAGGACUGCCUGGCCCGGAUCCAGAGGUAUAUUGUGACAAAGUUGGGCGAAGACUGGAUCUUCCUGGUUCUUUUAGGUCUCACUAUGGCCCUGGUUAGCUGGAGCAUGGACUAUGCCAGUGCAAAGAGCCUACAAGCUUAUAAGUGGAUGUACGGAGAGCUGAAGGGGAAUGUGGCUCUGCAGUAUCUGGCAUGGGUCUCAUAUCCCAUCAUCCUCGUCGUGUUUGCAUCCCUCUUCUGUCAUCUGGUCUCUCCACAAGCUAUAGGCUCGGGGAUCCCUGAACUCAAGACCAUUCUCAGAGGUGUGGUGUUAAAGGAGUAUCUGACGCUCAAGGCAUUUGUGGCUAAAGUCAUUGGUCUUACGGCUGGGCUGGGCAGUGGUAUGCCCAUCGGGAAAGAGGGUCCUUUUGUGCAUAUUGCCAGUAUAUGUGCGGCAGUGCUGAGCAGGGUCAUGUCCAUCUUCACCGGUGUGUAUGAGAACCCCUAUGGUUACACAGACAUACUGACAGUAGGAUGUGCUGUUGGGGUGGGCUGCUGUUUUGGGACUCCUCUCGGAGGUGUGUUGUUCAGUAUUGAGGUCACGUCGACAUAUUUUGCAGUGAGGAAUUACUGGAGAGGAUAUUUCGCUGCCACAUUCAGCGCCUUCAUAUUCCGAGUCCUGUCAGUGUGGAACAAAGAUUCUGUUACGAUAACAGCGCUGUUUCGUACAAACUUUCGUAUGGAUUUCCCCUUUGACCUUCAGGAGCUGCCGGCUUUUGCAAUAAUUGGGAUCUCAUGUGGGUUUCUAGGGGCGUUCUUUGUCUAUCUGAACAGACAAGUUGUUCUGAUCAUGAGAAGACCAACGGCUCUUACGCGAUUCCUCACAAAACACCGGUUGAUUUACCCUGGUGCCGUGACACUAAUUAUAGCCUCCUUCACAUUUCCUCCGGGCUUCGGUCAGUUCAUGGCUGGAGAGCUGAUGCCCAGAGAGUGCAUUAAUUCACUGUUUGAUAACUUCACGUGGACAAAGAUCUGGGGUUCACCAGCUCCACCUGGACUGGGUCGCUCUGCUGCCUGGCUCCACCCACAAGUCAGCGUCUUCAUCAUCCUUCUCCUCUUCUUCGUCAUGAAGUUCUGGAUGUCUGCGGUUUCUACGACAAUGCCGGUCCCUUCUGGAGCCUUCAUGCCUGUUUUUAUAUUGGGAGCAGCAUUCGGUCGUUUGGUGGGUGAGAUCAUGGCCACGCUGUUUCCCAACGGCAUUCUGUUUGAUGGGAUCGUGUACCAAAUCCUGCCUGGAGGCUAUGCAGUGAUAGGGGCAGCAGCCAUGACAGGAGCCGUCACACACACAGUUUCAACAGCAGUCAUCUGUUUUGAACUGACGGGUCAAAUCUCACACAUCCUGCCCAUGAUGGUGGCCGUGAUUCUCGCCAACAUGGUGGCACAGGGUCUACAGCCUUCCCUUUAUGACUCCAUCAUUCAGGUCAAAAAGCUGCCCUAUCUUCCCGAGCUCAGCAUUGGCCACAUCAGUAAAUAUAAUAUCUUUGUGGAGGACAUCAUGGUGAAGAAAAUAAAGUUUCUGUCGCCUCAGUCCACUUACAGAGAGCUGAAAGAUCUCCUGGAGUCCACGUCUCUCAAAACCAUCCCACUCGUCGACUCCAAAGAGUCGAUGAUUCUUUUGGGCUCCAUUGAGAGAUGUGAACUUCAGGGCUCCUUGGACUUGUGGCUCUCAGCCGAGAGGCGGGUUUAUAUCCGAGGUGAGGGCUUGUCCAGCCCGGGGUCACAGGUCAACUGGGAGUCCUUCGCCUUUGUGGACGAGGAGAUAGGAGAGGAGAACGGAGACAAGGGCAACACGGUCUCUGAAGAGUGCAACGGCCCGCUGGGGUCCACCAAAACCACAGACGUCUCCACUAACCACACCACAUCCGGUGCCCUACAGUCUAUGAGGAGGACUCUUCGUCGUGUUUUCUCCUCAUCUUCCUCAUCAGGGCAGACUGAGCCGGAGAGCCCUGCAGCUCCUCCUGUAGUUGAAAACAUGACUCCUGAAGAGAUCAAAGCCUGGGAAGAGGAAGAGCUGGAUAAGCCGAUUGACAUUGAUCAGAUCCGUGUUGACCCCUCACCUUUUCAGCUGGUGGAAAGAACAUCUUUGCAUAAGACUCACACCCUAUUCUCUCUGCUGGGUCUCAGUCAUGCUUAUGUAACUAGCAUUGGUAAACUAGUUGGAGUGGUUGCAUUAAAAGAGCUCCAGAAAGCAAUCGAGGGUUCGACCCGUAGCGGAGUGCGACUCCGUCCCCCUCUGGCCAGUUUCAGAGACGCCAGACGCAAGGCCAAAAAGCCUUCUCAUUCCUCGUCCGUCCCAUCCUCUCCCACGCGGGACAGAGAGCUGUGGAGCGAAGGAGUGAAAAGAGAAACUAAAGACGAGUCUGAUGAUAGCUGUGUCCAGACGGCCGACAAAGAGUGUGAUAUAGCCGCGUGCAACAGCAGCUCUCAGGAGCAACUGCCUUCUCCUUCUUCUUCCACAGUCCCUCUCUCCUCUCUUCAUUCUGUGCCUGAAGGAGAGGCGGAUGCUGAUAGGGAGAGUGACGAGGAGCCUUUAUAGGUGCCGCCUUUGAGCCCAGCACGAGCCUCUGCACCUUCAGACUUGUUGAUUUUCUAAUCUCCGGACUGGACUAGUCUUCCUUUCUAGAUGUUUUUUUUUUUUUCCACUUGUUGUCUAUACAUUUGUAUAUAUGGACAGUCGGUCUGACACAUCUCACUGAACGUCUUCUCCUUCCUUUGCUUCUCCUAGUUUGUCUGCUGUACCUGAUAUUUGUAAAAAUGUUUGUAAAAAUGAAAGAUUUAUUACCUUAACAAGCUAUUUGUAUGUGCUCUCACCCUUGUCUUGGUGUAUGCUAACGUACUAAGGUUAGUUCAGUCAUAUGAAGUAAUUUUUGGACUUUUAGGUUGCCUGAUAAUUUUUUAUUGUAUAGAUGUGCAAUUUAAAACAAUAUUAUAGGUUCAAUACAAGUUUAACUUGUUUUAGUAAUUGAAACUCGCCCUCAUGUUGUUCCAAACUUGUAAGACCGUUCAUCUUCUGAACGCAGAUUAAGAUAUUUUUGAUUAAACUGGACAACUGAAAUGAUCCAGGUCCAGAAACGUAGUUAAUACGUCCGUAAAAAUGCCAAUGUAACAUCAGUAGCUCAACUUCAGUUUUGUGACACUAUUCUUUUUAGCGCAAAGAAAACACAUGUAACAAAAUUUACUCAAUCAUUCUUCUCCCGAGUUAUGUCUUCCACCAUUUUAAAGAUUACUAUCUUACUUUUAUCACUUAUAAUAGAAUAUUUAUUACUUAUAACGCACAUAUGCAUUGCAAUACUCGGAGAGAAUAACACAGCGUCUGAAGUUGAGCCACAGUUUUAAUGAUGUAUAUACUAUGUUUCCGGACCUGGGAUCAUUUUAGUUGUGUUGCUGUCUAUGGAGGGGCAGACAGCUUUCAGAUUUCAUCAAAAAUACCUGAAUUUGUGUUCAGCAGAUGAAAGAAGGUCUUACAGGUUUGGAAAGACAAGGGUAAGUAAUUAAUAACACAAUUUUCAUUUUAGGGUGAACCAACCCUGUAAGUUAUAAUUCUAGAAAUCAGUACUUUUUUAGUAACACGAUACAAUAAGGUUCAACAUUAAGAAGCUAACAAUGAAAAAUACAUCUAAAAGUUUAUUGGGUAAUGUUAAUUGUCAAAUUUAUUAAUACCCUAUUAAAAAGUUUUAUCUUUUAAUGUUAUAUAAUGGACUCGAGAUAACAUACAAUGAACGGUUGUAUUUUUAUUAACUAAAAUAAACAAAUAAUUGCAUUGUUCAUCAGUUAAUGUUUGUCGAUGCAUUAAAUAUAGUUGGCUAAAGUAGCCUUGUUGUGAAGUGUUACACGUCUUUACUAAAAUUAGUGAAAUAAAAAUAAUUAUAGCUAUAAUAUAAACUAAAAAUGCUAUAACAGUAUGCACAUAAUACUAAAAUAUCACUGGCUCAAUCAACAACAUUUGUGACAAUAUUGAAUAAAGCAACUGUCCCAAAAAUCUAUGUUAAUCAAUAUAGUUUUUUGGAUUUAAAAGAAAAAAGUGAAGAUUAUAUUUUUAUAAAAGCACUUACAUUAAUUCUUCUGCAUAAAGAGUUUUUUGAGCUGUAUCGUCGUUUUAGAGUUUGUGUUUAGAGCAUUACAUUGUAAUUCAUUGUAACAAAGUUGUGCAUUUGUAUUUUACACACAAAAGGUUAUUUUUAUUUUUAUUAUUGUGUAUUUCAACAUUAUUCUGUUGACCCCAUUCACUUGCAUUGUUAGUUUUUUUUUUUUGUGAAAUUAAUUUUUGUGCCAAUUUUGUCACAAUGUUGAUUGAUCUUGUGCUGAACCUGUGUAUUAAUUUAAUCGCUAGACAUUCGUUAUGAAGCUGAUUUGUUUACUACAUAAUUCAAGCUGCAAAGUCGUUACUCGAUCACUGAAUCGUUGUUUGAUUAUAAUAUACUGAUGAGUAUCUGAUUCGUUUUUAUUUGUUUUAAUGGUCUGAAUAGCAUGCAGACUUUUUUGCCACGUCUUAAAAAUACACAAAGUGCGCAAUAUUUGCUUUGUUUGCUUCGUUUAUUCUUCAUUAUUUUUGGGAAAAAUAAAGGAAUAGCAAUAUUCUUGAAGGUCAGGGAGGUGUGUAGCUCGUGCAGGAAAAAGAGAUGGGAGAGAGAGAGUCCGAUGGAGGAAGAGGAAGAGGACAUUGGAAGAACCGUCUUAAAACCUUCAGUAAAGCAUGCAUAGAUAUAUGUAUCACAGAGCACUUCUUAUAUCACACCUCUUACAGCUCGCUCAGUCCCAAACGAAUGGAUUUGUGCCUGUAUAGUUUGCCGAACAUGUUGACUCCACCUAUUUCCACGUUACCAUGAACAGAUUUGAUCACAACAGUGUUUCUUAUCCAAAGUAGUACUUUUUCUGAAUAUGAUUCUUCCACCAAGAGGAGACAACACAGGGUUUGAGUAAUAGACAGAUAACAUACGAAGGGAAGGAGAGAGGAGGAGAGAAAGACAAGUACGCUAGUUUACAGAGAGAAGGAAAGAGGUAGAACAAAGGACCGGUUACAGCAUCAUGCCAACAGACAGUUUUGUAGUGAAAGAUGGCAGUAGAAUCGUACAAAAAAAUCAGUCCGUCUGUAAACACAAAUGAUAAACAACUACAUCCAAGGAAAUACAUUUG